CUGGCCAGGCGUUUGGGGGCCGAGGAGGCCCCCGGGGCCGCCCCGCCGGCGAAGAAGAGGGCGCGCGGGGGGCUGCUCACCGAGGCCCAGCGCCUGGAGCUCUUCGGCCGCACGGAUGCCCUCCCGGACGCCCGCGCUCCGGAGCCCGAGGCCGAGGCCGCAGCCGCCGCGCCCACCGUGGAGCCCCCUGCGCCCCCGCUGGAGAGGGCCCCAGCCAUGGAACGGGACAAGCAGCGGCAGAAGGCAGCGGUCGCCAACUAUGCAGUCGAGAGGGACAAGCAGCUUAAGGCCAAGGACCUUGAGAUUGCCAAGCUUCGUGAGCAAGUUUUGGCGGCAAAGAAUGGGCAGGCAGUGGACACGGACACCAAAGACAAGACCGACACCGACCAGAAGCGCCUCAAUGAGAUCAGCCAGACCCUCCGAGCGUUGGGCAACCUCACCGGGCCUGCUGUGGUGGCGGCGCGAGAGUCAUUGGAAGCUGAACGAACGGCGAUCAAGUCCAAGAUCGUCAGCAGCAAGCCGCACUCCGCCCAGGUGCACCACUACACAACUCGCAUUGAUGAGUUGCUCAAGAGCAGGUUGCAGCAGGAGGAGACCUUGGCAGAUCUGGAGAUCCAGAAAGUGGAGCCCGAAGCCAAGGUCGAAGGCGCCAAGAAGUUUAUCCAUACACUGGCUACUGGCACCACUGACCUGGAGCACCAGCGGUUCGCGGUCUCGGCACAGCUGUCGACGCCUCUUCCAGAAUCGUACUCGCUCAAGACCAUGGUGCCUGCCCUGGACCUGCCCGUUGACAAGCUCGGCCAGCUUUUCGUACUGGCAGGGGCAGACGCCACCCUCCUGGACCAGGCCAAGUCCACUUUCGAGGACGCAGUGCACACGGAGUUUGUGGCGAGCGAUGUGUGCCAGUACGAAGUUUACCACGGCCUCGCCCCAGCCGCGGCCAUAGGGGCCCUUGCGGCCCACGUGCGCUGGGGCAUCAAGCAUGGCAUCACCAUGAUAUCAAUCUACCUUCGCGACGGCCAGGGCCUCUCAGACGCCAACGUGGAGAUUAUUUGGCAGGUCGCCAUAUAUAUCUGGGAGCUGGAGGCCCGGGAGCAGCCUUGGCUGCUAGCGGGAGACUGGAACAGGCAGGUGGACGACCUGCGGCAUUGGUUCAACUCCAUAGGGGGCAUCGCCAUCCACCCCAAGUGCCCCACCUGCCUGCAGGCGAAGCCUGGAACCAUGUACGACUACACGUGCAUGCAUCCGCGGGUUGAUUGUCGGGCAGGCAAAGCUUGUGUGCAUGAAGACUCGGGCUUGUUUCCACAUGUGCCUGUCAGAGCUCCGCUACAGGAUGCAGAACAUGAAAUGCGGGCGCGAGUGCCUGAUCAGCCUGCGUCCGUCGACACGAUGCCGAAGCCAGGAUGUGCGUGGUUCCCGCCCGCCGUCGAGUGGGACAUGGCCAGGGGGCUUAUCGCUAUAGCCGAAGAUGCCGACGCCCUUGCCGACGCCUGGGAUGCGGUCUUGACGCAGAUCGAAGAGGAGCUACUGGACAGGCAUGAUGUAAUGGGCCAUGACCGAGCACGUUGCCUUGUAAGGGCGGGCCCAGCAACUUGGUCUCGGAAGAAAGUGGCUCCACCUGAACACAAGCCAUCCCAGAGGCUCCAGGCCUACAAGUUGAUUGGACGUUGGUUUCGGCACAUGAGAGCCAUGAAACUGCGGAUGAUCUUGGCUGUGGAGAGGCUCCAGACGGAUGUUGACGUACCAGGUAAAAUUCCACGCCAUAUGCUGCCGACCAACCACACUACUGAUACUUACUCAAGCUGGGCACGCUCCUUAUCUACCUUUGGAGCAUAUGACGCUGGGCUCAGCAUGACCGACGACGCGUUUGCGGAUGACAAGGAGCUCAAGCUAUUUGUGAAGUUGGCAUGA